AUGUGUGCACCUCACCGCCGCCGCCCCCCCGGGCUCAUCCUGCUGCUCAUCCUGCUGUGCCCGAGCCCCGGAUCAUCCUCCACCUCUAAGGACAGCAGUGAGGUGUGGGAUGAAGAUGUGACUGAAUGGUGGGGAGAAUGGAGUUCAUGGUCCACAUGCUCUCGAACCUGUGGAGGGGGAGUAAUGUCUCGAGAAAGGCACUGCUUACGUCAGAGACUCCAAACAGUUGCUGGACAGGAUAACACUGUAUGUGGAGGUCAGGCCAGGCAAUAUCAGCUGUGUCAGAAACAGUUUUGUCCCUCUGGAUCUGCAAGCUUCAAACAGUAUCAGUGCUCUGCCUUCAAUGCUAAGGCCUUUGGGAAACUGUAUCACCGUUGGGUACCACUAUAUCCAGAUGACUACACCAGCAUUUCCAGCAAGCCGUGUGAUCUUCAGUGCACCAGUACCACCAGAGAGAGACAACUACUGGUACCAGCCCAUGAUGGAACAAGCUGUAGAGACCGGACACAUCAGGGAGUUUGUAUCAACGGCAAAUGUGAGCCAGUAGGAUGUGAUGGAAAGCUGUAUUCAUCCAGGUCCCUGGACAGAUGUGGUGUUUGUGGUGGUGAUGGAAGUACAUGCUAUAGAGUUUCGGGAAGCUUUAGGAAAUGUGUCUUGGGUUAUGCACUUAUUACAACAAUUCCUGCCGGGGCGUUUGACAUUCUUAUCACAGAAAAGAGAAACACUGAAAAUAUUCUAGCUCUUGCAGACUCUGCUGGAAAUUUCUACAUUAAUGGAAACAUGAUGAUGGACAAUCCUCAGAACUUUCGCGUUGCAGGGACCUUGGUCAAGUAUCGACGACCCUCAAAUGUACACAGUGAGGGACUGGAAUACCUAACUACACCAGGGCCAACCAACCAGUCCCUCAGUGUCAUGUAUUAUAACUUCAAUGGAAAGAGUCCACACAUUACAUAUGAAUACACGGUACCUCGUGCCCCAGAAGCACCCCUACCUCCUCUUUCCGAACCAAAACAGUCUGCUGCUCAGUCUCCAAGUAAUAUACAAAGUGGAGCUCAGGGAGAGUCUGAGAGCAAUCUGCCUGAGUCUACUGACACUUUUAACUGGGGGAACACUGAGGACACAGAAAGAUCAUUUGUACAUCAAGACGGAGCUGUGAAAGAACAAGAGAUAGCAGAAGACCAAACAGACGGCCUCCAGACCAGCACAGAUGCUCCUCAGGGAUUACUGCAGAGUGAAUUAUGGAGACUUUGUGAUCAACACAGCCACUCUGCUCUCUGCCAGUCUCUCUUUGGUGGCAGUCCUGGGGGUCCAACCCUUGCAGAGUCCACACAGGAAGCAGAACAACUCAGGGACAGCCUGAUGUUGCCAGCUGCUUAUGAACAUCUUGGAUCAGUUCCCAUGACAGAGCCGCUCCAAGCUCCCGGGUUCAGCAGUGAUUUGCUAUCAAGUCAUGAUAUCAGCCGGGCCGAUAUGUAUCGCUGGAAACUUUCUGCCUAUUCACCAUGCAGCUCCACUUGCAGCUCAGGUCUCAGUUCUGCAUAUGCCUUAUGCAUCCGUUAUGAUGGAAGGGAAGUAGACGAGUCACACUGCGAUCCAUUGACAAGGCCAGAACCUACUCAGGAAUUCUGUAUAGGACGAGAGUGUAUGCCACGAUGGGAGUCAAGUGGUUGGAGUGAGUGCUCAAGAACCUGUGGUCAAGGAGUCCAAGUACGCUCGGUUCGUUGCUGGAAGAUGCUUGCUCCGGGGCUUGACAGUUCUGUCUAUGAUGAGCAAUGUGAAGGUGCCCAACUAGCAAGACCACCCCAGAAGAAAGCAUGUAAGAAUAAACCAUGUGGACCUCAAUGGGAGUUCUCAGACUGGACAGAGUGUUCUGCUGCCUGUGGAACUGAGGGAGUAAUGAAGAGAGAAGUGAAGUGCUCGGCAGAAUCCAACCAGUGUGAUGAAAGCAUCAAGCCUUCAAGUGAGAAGCCCUGCCUGGGCCCACCCUGUGAUCAUCACUGGACAACACCCGAAUGGGGGCCGUGCAGUAAGACAUGUGGAUCAGGACACCAGCUUAGAGAAGUGAAGUGUUAUCAAGGAGAAGAACUGAGCCAGGGAUGUGACCAGUCUGCUAAACCAGAGAGUAGACAGGUCUGCAAUAUUAGCCAAUGUCCCACCGAGGCCCCUGAUGAAACCUGUGAAGACAAGGCAACCGCUAACUGUUCCCUGGUGUUAAAGGUGAAGCUUUGCUCACACUGGUAUUACCGGAAGGCCUGCUGCCGAGCCUGCGGGGGACAAACCUCCUGACUGGGUUUUCUUGAAGUAUUUGUCCCUUAUUUUUGUGAAUUCUGUACAUUAUGGAUGAUGCCAGGUGCUCCUAUUGCGAUAACACUGCUGCCAUACUUU